CCCCGCGCCGCGGCGCCGGAUCCCGGGGUCCAAAAUGGCGGGAGGUUCGCGGGGCUAGUCGGGGCUUCCGCAGCGCCGGGACUAGAGCGACAGCGGAGCCGGGUCCGUCCUCGCGGCGCCCCCUCCCCUCCGCCCGCCGCCAGCAUGAGCAACAUCUACAUCCAGGAGCCUCCGACCAACGGCAAGGUUUUAUUGAAAACAACAGCUGGAGAUAUUGACAUCGAGCUAUGGUCAAAAGAAGCACCAAAAGCAUGCAGAAAUUUCAUCCAGCUUUGUAUGGAAGGUUAUUAUGACAACACAAUAUUUCACAGAGUUGUGCCUGAUUUUAUAGUGCAAGGGGGAGAUCCCACUGGUACUGGAUCAGGUGGAGAGUCAAUCUACGGGCUCCCCUUCAAGGAUGAAUUCCACUCACGAUUGCGUUUUAAUCGAAGAGGACUGGUUGCUAUGGCAAAUGCUGGAGCUCAUGAUAAUGGCAGUCAGUUUUUCUUUACACUGGGCCGUGCAGAUGAACUUAACAACAAGCACACCAUUUUUGGAAAGAUUACUGGGGAUACCAUAUACAAUAUGUUACGACUGACUGAAGUAGAAAUUGACAAAGAAGAAAGACCACUCAAUCCACACAAAAUAAAAAGUAGUGAGGUUUUGUUUAAUCCUUUUGAUGACAUCAUUCCAAGAACAAAUAAAAAGCUGAAAAAAGACAAACCAGGGGAAGAAGUAAAAAAGUCAAAAUCCAAAGGCACAAAAAAUUUUAAUUUGCUUUCAUUUGGAGAGGAAGCUGAAGAGGAAGAAGUGGAAGUCAACAGAGUUAGUCAGAGCAUGAAGGGAAAAAGUAAAAGUAGUCAUGACUUGCUGAAGGAUGAUCCACAUCUAAGCUCAGUUCCUGCUGUUAAAAGUGAAAAAGCAAAUGAAGUGAAAGAUUCAGAUGAGGAAGAAGAGGAGGAUCAGGAUGAUAGUGAUAAUGAAGAAGGUGAAAUGGAUAGUGACGAGAAAUAUCAAGUGAAAGAACGCGUAGCUAAGAAGUUGAGAAAAGAUAAAAAUGAAAAUGUUAAGCUACCAUUUAAAGAAGAACCCGAAACUGAAAAGAAAACUACUAGUCGCAGUGAGGAACUACGCAAAGAAGUACGCCAGCUGAAACGUGAACUACUAGAAGCAAAGCAAAAGAGAGAAGAAAAUUCUACAAAAUCAAAAGAAAAGAAAGAUGAAGAGGAAGAAGCUGAUCCAAACAGCAUAGUUACGGAAUAUUUACAGGAGAAGAAAAAGUAUGAAGAUCUGCGGAAGCAGCAGCCCAAGAAAGGGAUAUCUCGUGAAGAGCAGACGCUGGCACUGCUGGACCGAUUCAAAUCAAAGCUGACUCAGGCAAUAGCAGACACUCCUGAAAAUGAAAUGUCUGAACCUGAAGUAGAGGAUGAUGAAGGAUGGUUGUCACAUGUACUUCAGUUUGAGGACAGAAGCAGAAAAGUGAAAGAUGCAAGUAUGCAGGAUGAAGACACUUUUGAAAUCUAUGAUCCUCGGAAUCCUGUAAAUAAGAGGAGAAGAGAACAAAGCAAAAGGAUAAUGCGGGAGAAAAAAGAAAGGAGAUGAAAUGAAUGUAAAGCUGUCCAGAGCUGGCUUGGAAAGUGUAAUAAAGUAUUGGCCCUUUAAUAGCUGUGGUUCCUAAAAAUAUCACUUUGCAAGUGUGAAAAGGAAUCUCUCAAGAACCUGUUGUCUGAUUUUGAAAUACAGCUAUCUUAUUUGUUUUAUGAAUUGUGCAGUAAAAUAAGAAAGUGCUCUCAGUGCAUAAUCCAAGCUCUCUUUAAACACUUUGAAAUUUUAAUAAAUAUAUAAUAGUUUUGGUCAUCGUUUUAAUCAAUGUAUAGCAAUUAAAUACUGAGAAUAGUGUCAUUAGAAGGUAUGUUUUCAAGACAGUGAAGAAAAGAUAUUUGCCAAAAUGAAAAUGUUAAGGAAUAGAAAAAAAUAUUCCCACCAUCUGUACAGGCUUUUUUAAGAUUUAAUUUUUUAAAAUUGUAAGAUUAAAUCUAUUUACAGAUGAUUGAUUUUUUUGUUUAGUUAAGCAAUUGGGUUCUUCAUUGUAUCACAAAGUUCAGAAGAUAGAUUUAAAAAUUCCAGACUUCCAGCACAAAGUGUACAAUGUUCCCAGCUCUCUUGAAACUCAAUCAAAAUUUAAUUUGAGGGUGUGGUUAAAUUUUCUUCAUCUUGAGAAACAUAUCCAAAAAAUUACUUGGAAAGACAUGAUAAUCUACAAGUUUGGAAAUGUUAUUUCACAAGCUUGAGAACAUUUUAGAAUCCAAAUUUAAAUAGCAAUUAAUAUGGAAAAAAAACCAAUAAUUUAAAUCACAUGUUCAUAAGAAACUUAGACUCCCAGAAUGAGAGUAGUUAUUACAAAGUACCCUUCCUCUAAUUUCAUCUUCUCUACUGAUUUGUCAGUAUUGCAAGUUUAUUUAUCUCAAUAUUGAGAUACAGAAAUUGCAAAACUAAUCUCUGACUCUUGUUUUUAAAGACUUUACAGCUAGCAU